AAUAAAUCCACAAAGAAUCAACUUCCGAUUGCAUGAGUUUUCCUAUGUACAAAGAUGGCUGAUGGUCUAACGACAAUAGACACCGCCACACUCACAGCUGCAGUAAAAUCACUGUUCCGUAAACCAUUGCCAGAUAGUACAACAUUACCAUCAUUUGAUUCUACCAAGAAUGAUUCACAGAAUGGAAGUGCCCAACCUCAGCCUGCAAGCCGUAAAAGGAAACCAAAGUCCAAGUCGACACAAAAGAAGGCAAAAAUUAAAACAGAAGCCAGUCAGAAUGAAGAAGUGGAAUCUGCCAUUAUAUCUAUACCUGACCAGCCACCUGCGACAGUAGAAAUGCCAAUUGCGGAGCACCUGUCACAGAUAUCUCCACUGACAAUUAAGCAUCUUCUGUCAUGUAUAAGUCCACUGACCAUUACGGAUUGUCAUAUUGAUGAAUCUCAACCUAAUAAUCUCAAGUUUUCUAUCGAGAAUCUCCUUGUUGGGCCACAAGAUGCUAACACAGUCAUUCAUUCGCAAAGCAAUGGUUCGUCAGGCGUGUUUGCUGUGCCGGACGUGCAUGCGGUACAGAGUCAACUUGAAGAAACUGAUACACCUGGACAUGUCCAGAUCAGUGCAUCUCUCUUACAAAAUCUUUUGCAGGGAAUAAGUAAUCCACAGAUGCCCACAGCAGCAAGACAGUCAGACCAGCAAGCACCACUGCCAUCCAUACAUCAUUUUACAUCUCAGCCGAUACAGACUCUGAUACAGAGUCUGUUCCCACAGGAAAGUAACGCUCUUCUCGGAAAUACAAGUGAAGCACAGCUUCCGAAUUCUAGCAAUAACGUCUCUGCAGUCAGUCCUGUAGCUGUCACACAUGAUUCCUCAGCUGCCUCCAUGUUAAACCAACUUGCGAAUUUUACUGCCAGUCAAUCUCAUCUUAACCAUCAGCCAAACAUCUCGCAGGCAGCACCAUUGUUUCAUCCAGAAACACAAACCAUUCUUCAAGAGGCUAUGCAGUCUAUACGGCAAAGUCGUGUUAAUGGCGACUAUGAACAUCAAGUGUACGGACAGGUGGUAAAUCCUGCAUUGUCAUCAGCAGGCACACAUGUUCCCGUAGUUUUAUCUGAAAAUAUAACAAGAGUGCCACAUUCACAAGAAGGUUCACAUUUACCCCUAGUUCUGUCUAAUGGUGUUAAUCAGACUGCUCAGGUUGUGGUGCCCGUAACUUCAGAUGAAGCUGGGGUCCAGCAACCAAUUGUUCAGGGAUAUCCUAUCCUGUUACAACCAACAGGGCCUGGUGGUCCCUUACAGCUGAUCCCUCUGGACAAAAGUGUGAAUACUGAGGUGUUAAAAGAAAUAGUAGAGAGAAAUAUAUCCUCUAUCACAGAAAGGAGUUCUGUAUCCACGGCACCUGGUCUAACAAAUGAAAGCUUGCCAAAAGCAAGUAGCGCACCAAUCAACAUACAGCCAAAGCCGUCCAAUCAGACGCUAGAGAAUUUCUUUCAGGCUGUACAGUUCAAUACAGUUGAUAUACCAAAUGGGCAAGACACCACAGUAGAUCAGCCUUACACUGCUGAAACUGAACAUACACAAGGCCAGAUAAAUGAGGAACCCCCUGUUGAGAACAUUGUAGAAUCUGCAGACUACAAACCUAAACUGAUCAACUGUCCGAGCAUUGAAGAUGAGGCCUGUAGUCAGUCAGAGAAAGCAGUCCCUAAAACUAGUAUUUUUUGUGUCGAUUGCAAUAAAUUGAUGAAGGAGCCUUGUAGUGUACAUAACACAGACUAUGUAGAUAUGCCGGACACACCAUACCUAAGUCGAGCCCGAGCGUCACUUCCUCCGUGCUUUACUCUCCAACAAACUGCAACAUCCGAGUUCAAACCCUUUCUAGGUGUUUGGUGUAAAGGAUGUCUAUCAGAGAGAACACGUUUUGGCCCCGUUGUUGGACAAAUUGUAACCAUGACAACACCAGAGUAUGAAGAACAAAUGCAUGGAUUUCAGCCUUUUCUGCUCAGCAAAGCAGAGACUGGGGAUGAUUUGCAAGACAAGGGAGAUAAUCAAGUGGAAGUGAUACAGAUGACUGAUGAAAGUGUAUGUAACUGGACAAUGUUUAUACGAUUUGCACCCUCAUUACUGGAACAGAACUGCACAGUAUAUAGAGAUCAGAACGAAUUUUAUAUUGUUACAAAAACUGAAAUCAAGGAGGAGGAGCUGCUCAUGUGGUUCUCUGCGGAAAUUUGUUACCAAUUAGGAAUCUCUCAAAAUCCAGGCAACGUUAAAUUCAGCCAGUGUGAGGAAUGUGGCCUCUACUUCUUAGUAAAACGUCUUCUUCAUACACAUCUAAAAUCAGUGCAUCCAGAGAAAUACAACUUCAGCUUUACGUGUUAUGUUUGUGGCAAGAAAUUCAAGUCUAAAGGAAAGUUGAAUGGACAUAUGGCAAUACAUAUGUUUGUGAAGCCCCACAGCUGUCCGUACUGUAAGAAACAGUUCUCAGAUUCCAGUAACCUCAAAGCACACAUCCAUAUUCACACAGGCGAGAAACAGUUCAAAUGUGAAGAGUGUGGUAAAGCAUUCCGCCAGAAAGCUCAUCUCAACAACCAUCUAGUCGUACACACUGGUGAUAAAAACUUUAAAUGCGAAUACUGUGAUAAGGUAUUCGGUAGACGAUCUGACUUGAAAACUCAUACAUACGUACAUACUAAAGAAGUGUCAUAUCCUUGUGAAGUGUGUGGGAAAACAUUCCAUAAGACUCAGAAUCUCAAGAAACAUCUUAAAGUUCAUUCGGGCGAAAGGAACUAUAUGUGUGAUAAAUGUUUUAAGGGUUUUCAGACAAAGUACCAUCGUGAUAGGCAUCUGAAAAUAUGCAAAGAAAAAAAUGGGAAGGAGUCAUCAUAUAUGAGUUUAGAAGAGGUUGCUAAGUUAGAUAAUGAUGAUGUCGUUCCUUUACAGAAAGUUAGUGAAGACCAUGAGAUUUGAUUGUUUAGUUUUUAAAGGCUUGUUACUCUUUUAAGGUAACAGGCCUAUAAUGACGGUCAGUAAUUUUGGCUGGUAAAACGUAUUCUCAUAUUCUAAACAGAUAUGUAGCUGUUAUAAAUAAAUUUGAGUCGCACCAUGAGAAAACCAACAUAGUGCAUUUGCGACCAGCAUGGAUCCAGACCAGACUCCGCAUUCACGCAGUCUGGUCAGGAUCCAUGCUGUUCGCUUUCAAAGCCUAUUGCAAUUAGACAAACCAUUAGCGAACAGCAUGGAUCCUGACCAGACUGCAUGGAUGCGCAGGCUGGUCUGGAUCCAUGCUGGUCACAAAUGCACUCUGUUGGUUUUCUCGUGGUGCGGCUCAAAUGAUUUUCCAUAUCAACAGGAGAUUGCCAAAAUCACGUACAGAGAAUGUCUAAAUUGCAUACAGGGAAGUUAUCAAAUGUUAAGUGUCAGUUAUGAUUACGGGUCCACAAUCUCAGCCAGCUUAAGAUAAAAAACAUUGUAGACGUUUAAAAAGUCCUGAAUAAGAAUAUCUUAAGUUGAUGUCUUUGCUGUAUGUUACAAAUAUAGCUAAAAUGUUACAAUACUUCAUCAUUUUACUUUGUGAAUGAUGUCGUUAAGAGAUUUUUCUACACAUUUCACAACUUCAGGACUGAGUUGUUGUUGAUUUUUGUGCCCUCCAAAAUAUGUGGUUAGAUACCAUAGGCAUUUAGAUUUACCCUUGUCUGUACAUCUGUCAGUCUGUCUGUGUAUCCGAAUAUGAGUUGUAUAUAUCUGAAAAAGCACUUGACCUAGAGACAUCAGCAUUAUAGAACUUUUAAAAUGUGCAUAAACUAGGCUUAAAGUUUGCAUCACACAUGUCUAAAAAACAUUUGAGCUAGAGUCAUGAAACCUAAGAAUAUUAUUUAUUAUGUGAAGUUGUACACCUUACAUAUAUUUGGGAUUUAUUUCUCUGUCCCUCUACUACCCCAACUGUCCCUCUCCCCUAAACAAGGUUUACAAGAUUAAAAAAAUAAAGAAAUAAAAAAAAGUAUUUUCAAUUUACUCUGUUUCUUUUAUCUUGUGCUUCGGAAUGAUAUUUUGUAGUAUAAAUAUAACCCCCACCCAUCGUCCAGGGACUUGAACUCCCAACCCAAGGUAAUAGGAAAGUUUACUUAGCCAUGCAUUGUCAACAAGGAACAUAUGACUGUACAGUAACAGGAAGUGGGGGCACCAGUGUUCAAUGGACACGCAUCUAGUCAAAAUUGAAAUUGCCUGAACUGUCUAGAUCACACUGUUUUCACAUUUUGAGGAAAAGAGAACAUAUUUUUUGCUCAUUUUCCGUCAGUCUGUUGAUCAGCAGACCAUAAUAUGUUUUCCAGUCAAUAACUAGACAAUUCUUGGGCCAGUAGUGGUCAAACUUUGUUAUCAUAGAAUGGGUAUUGGUUUCUGUCUAAUUACUAAAGAACUGUUUAGUCUACUGACUUACAUGACUUCUAUGUCUAGUGUCAUUGAGACAGUUUCCAGUUUAUUAAUUAACCUAGCCUGCUGGCGGUAAGUGAUUCUGCCUUUGCGACCAGUGAAGACCAAGAGAAGAUCAUGGUCUGCACUGUUCGCUUUUCGAUCAGUAAAUUUUAAGUGACCACCCCUUUGAAGUGGUACUGCCCAAAUUGAAUGAUGGACCAGUCCAUUUUAGAAAUUUAGCAGGGUAAUGGUUAAAGAAUGUGUUUGCCCACUACUUUUUUUGUAUUCUUAUAUGGGUAAUUUGAUUAAUUGAUGAUUUUUAUGCCCCUGAAGGGAGGCAUAUUAGUUUUCAACUGUCCGUCCGUUCCUUCGUUCCUUCGUCACAACGUUAACUUUUUGCAUGAAGGCACUUUACUCGCGAACCACUGCACCCAGGACCUUCAAACUUCACAUGCUGAUAGUACUUAUUGAGUACACGACCCCUACUGACUUUGGGGUCACCAGGUCAUAGGUCAAGGUCACCAGGUCAAAGGUCAGUGUGCUGCAGGGGCAUUUGUCACCAUUAGUGACAGCUCUUGUUUUAGCUUGGAAAGUCAUGAUCUGUUGUCAUUAUUUAUAAUUUUUGUAUUAAUUAUUUAUUGAUUAUUUAUUUUUGAAUUUCUGUUACAUGUAUAAUUAUUUUGAUCAUUGUGCAAUAUUGCAAUGCACUUAAGAAUUAAAUAAGGUUAUUGCAAA